AUGGCUUUGAAGGGAAGAGCUAUGUUUUCAGCAUUCAAAUAUUAUGCAAUCGACUAUAUACAUGAGAACACAGUUAAAGAAAGGCUUUACCGAGAUGCUUUAUUGCUUCAGAUCUCUUCAUGUUUAAAUCAAGAUGAAAAUGUUAUUGAUGAUAAAUAUAGGAGUCCAUGGACAAGCGGUAUUCCAGUUCCAGAAGUGACAGAUAAUUCAGUCCUGGAUCAGGGAACAACAAAGUUCUGUGUGGAGGAUUUUCCUGAGAUAAAGACAGUUACAGGAAUGAUGAUUAAUGGUAUAUUUGAGGAAAUUGUCCCAAGUUCCAACCCAAACUCUCCAACUGGAAUAGGGAAUAUCAGCUCAUACCUCAGUGAGGACUACAGAGAAGACUUCAUACCUGUCAAGUACUCCUUGCACUGCUCAGGAGUGAGAGCAGAGCCCCAAGGAUUACAUAUUGAUGAGGAAAUGAUUUUUAUAAAUGAAACAGUGGACAAUCAUCUACCCACUGUGGAUACUCUCUGGAGCAGACUAAAGCUCCCUCUGGUGAAGGACCCGCUUCCAGAUUUUAAAGAACACCUCUCCGGAAAGGAGAAUCUCCCGGAAUGUUUCUCUGUUGAAGAACGUUUGGAACCUUUUGUGAGAGAUUUUCAUAUGGCUGAGGAGACCUUUUGUAAGACGACACUACCAUCAGUUUUUCCUUCUGAGUUUGAAUUCUUAAUCUCUACAAACCCCAAACAAGAAAUUCCUACCCAAUCACCAUCAGAACUGAAGGAGUCAUUAAACCUAAUACCUGAAAUAAUGGCUGAUGGAGAUGAAAAUGAACAAAGAGGUCUUAUUACCAAGUAUGAAUUUGAUAUAAAAUGCAACUCCACAGAAAGCUUAACUAUUGCAAGCCCACAUGAACCAGAGCCCAGUAAACCAGGAGAAUUAGAAAUGCCACCAACACAUCUAAGCUUACCAAGGCAACAUUCUUCAGUGAGUUUAUUACAUGCAAGAUUUCAGACAUUUCCAUUUUCUGCUGUGUGUAAAAUCAAUUUGCUUAGUGCUGGAGAAUCAGCUAAUAAAUAUUGUAUGCUGUGGCAACUGGGAAGCUGCAGAAACUCCUGGGUCUCGUUCUUGCUUACAGUUCCAAGAUUUCAGGAGCCCUGCAGUCAGUAUUCACUUGCAGAUAUGAGGAAUAUCUUUUCUAUCAAAGAAGACAGCCUUGUGAUUAGCUCUGCAAAAGCCAAGGGGUGGAGACAAGCAAGACUAAAUCCAAUAAUGGCUGAAACUUUGGAGCAUCUGAAGACAUAUUUGUGUCAUCAUGGUCUGUCCUCUACGGAGACUAAGCUGGAGAUUUUCCUGCCUACAAAAGUAUUUCAGCUGGAAUCCUGGCUAGAACAUAGGCGUUGUCUCUCGCCCACUGUGCCCAUCAGUGAGAAGUCUGCAAAUGUUCACACAUUACAUCCACAGAAGAGACCAUCUUCAGAAAAGGAAGUGCCGCAUCUUUGUUUGUCUGGUGAAUGUGUCACCGUCAGUAAAACCGAAAAAGAAGAAAAUCCAAAGAGUGACCAAGAACUGGCUGCUGGACUGCUGCAGAAGACUGGCAGCACUUGUGUUGGCCUUGGCAAGCCCAUGCCAUCUGUUGAAUUAUCUUCCUCCUCACAAAUCAAGCCAUCUUACGAUAAGAAACGGGGUGAUUUGGAUCUCUUGAGUGAGUUUAUAAUUCUGAGAACUAAACACAGGACUUUGACUUCAGACGAGGAAGUCACAGGCCAUGACCAAAACAAUGAAAAAGAUAAAGAAAAAUGUUCUUUGACUCUUCAAGAAGAAAGUCCUGUUGUUUCUAAUAAUAAAGCUCCAGAGGAAAGAGCAGAUGAUGUUAUCGAGAUUCAAGCAUCAGACACCCAGUGCCAAGCAUACAGUCUCCUGGAAGCGGCAGCCACUCCUGUCUUGGAAAAGCUUGCUUGCCUCUGUACUUACCCUGCUGCUAAUUGGAAAUUUGCCACUGUCAUUUUUGACCAAACAAGAUUCUUCCUAAAGGAACAAGAAAAAAUAAUAAAUGAUGCUAUUCACCAAGGUAAAAAUGAUGGCAGAGAAAUGACAUUCAAGUAUGCUGCUCUCUUACAUCUCCUGGUAACAAUUAGAGAUGCCCUUUUAACGUGCAGCUUGGAUACAGCAUUAGGAUAUUUGUCGAAUGCAAAAGAUAUCUACAAAAGCAUGUUAGACUCCUAUUUGGAUAACAUUUGGAGACAGCUGAAAAUUUUACAGUUUAUAAAGAAAAAAAGGCCUAAAACCAACUAUAAGAUCCAAGAAUUACAGUGUCAGAUACUAAGCAGGUUGCAGAAUCAACAACAAAUAAAGGUACUGGUGAUAAUAAGAAUGGACUCAGAUGGAGAAAAGCAUUUGCUUGUUAAAACCCUUAAGAAAAUAGAAGGUUUAACAAUGACUGUUUUACAUUCAAAUGAGAGAAAAGAUUUUCUGGAAACUACUGGUGUUUUCAAUGGGACACGUUCCUGUGUGAUUGUACAUAAUCACAGUAUCGGAGCAGAUUUCCCCUGGAGCAGCUUCUCUCUGGUUGUGGAGUACAACCACGUGGGACACUCUUGCUGGUCCAAGCACUGCCAACAGUUAAAUAUACCUUUCCUGGCCUUUAAAGUCAUUCUUCCAGACACAGCUCUGAAGAGAAACAUCGUGCUGGAUCCAUUUGGUGGGUUUCUCUUGGAAAUUCUGAUUCCAUAUGUAUUUUUUGCAUCUGAAGGACUUCUUAAUACUCCAGAAAUACUCCGGCUGCUGGAGUCUAACUAUGACAUCACACUAGUGGAGAGGUGCUGCUGCGCAUCACUGAAACUCUUUGGAAGUACAGAGCUCUAUGUAGUGGUGACAGUUGAUGAACACACUGCUGUAGUCGUGCAGGACUUAGAAGAAUUACAUUAUGAGAAGGCAUCAGACAAUAUCAUUAUGAGAUUAAUGGCAUUGUCAUUCCAGUAUAGCUGUUGUUGGAUAAUACUUUAUUCCAAGGAAACAUUAAAUUCAGAGUACCAUCUUACAGAAAAGACACUUCAUCACCUUGCACAGAUCUAUGCAGCUUUGGUUUCCUCUGCUCUUAAAUCUGAAGAACUGGAUGUAAAGCUUAUACUUGCCCCAGGAGUAGAAGAGACUGCUUUACUAAUUCGACAAAUUGCAGACCACAAUUUAAUGACAUCGGAGAGAGAUCCUCGUGAAUGGUUGGAUAAAUCCUGGGUUAAAGUUUCGCCAUCUGAGGAAGAGAUGAGCCUCCUUGACUUUCCAUGUGUUAACCCACUGGUAGCUCAGCUCAUGCUGCACCGAGCACCUUCCCUGCACUGGCUGUUGAGUUCAGCUCCCGCUGAGCUUCAGGAACUCCUGCCUCAGGUCCCAGACAAAGUCCUGAAGCAUUUUUGUAGCAUCACUUCCUUGUUCAAGAUUAAUUCUUCCUCCAUGACAAUCUCGUCUCAAAUUUCAUCACUUCAGGAAGAUAUGAAUCAAACUGGUCCCUGUAUUUCUCAGAGUUCAGCUCCUAUCAUUCAAGAACAUGGUGAAUAUUAUUCCUAUGAAGACUCUGAAGAGACAGUGUUAAAAAGCACAAGUGCUUCUCCUCUGGAGCUGAGAGAAACACCAUGCACAUUGCCAUCUGCAGCACCGCACAGUCAGACCAGCUCCUGGGAAGACACCAGUCGUAGCCCUAACACAGUGCCAAACAACCCUUUCCUAACUAAUAUGGACCCAAAGAAAGUGAGGUGGCACUCCUUCCCGAGCCAGAGUGCCUCAGACUCAGAUGUCUUUUCUUUGGGCCUCACACAAAUAAGUUGUGAACCCAAAAGGCUACCAACUGACACUCAGAGGAGAGUUGCUCAUAAUUUUGUAAAUUAUCCUGAAGCAGAAGGAACCAGAAAUAUGCAAGCGUCCACCCUGGUCUUUUUACCAGAGGUCUCUCAAUCCCACCUCCAUUGGGACUUUAAGAAAAACAGUGGUAGAAAACAGAUUUAUUCCUUCAACUCAAGCUGUGGAGCAGAGCAGACUACCCACCACAAAUGGUUCUCUCAGAAAGAUGGCUUCUGCAGGAAUCAGCCAGGGUGUCUGCAGGAUGAGUUGGAAGACCCCACAUGCAGAAAUUCAAACGCUGGGACUAACAGGACUUUUGGGGGAGAACUGCCAUCUAUUCCCAGUUGGGGUUCAUUCUUUGUUUCUGAUUCUAAUGUGAAUCAAAGAGGAUUCAAUGGCCUUAAUUUCUACCAAGGGGCUGGAAACUACUUAGGACAGAGAAGGCUCCCUGUUUCAUCGCCUAACUGGAGAGAGUAUGAAACACCAACAGGCUUAAUGUACUCACAAGUACCACAACCCAAAAAGCGACGUCUAAUGUACGAAAAAGUCCCUGGAAGAAUGGAUGGACAAACCCAGCUGAAGUUUUCUUAA